AGCGCGCGCUCACGCGGCGCCCACGAGGCAUCCUCUGGGAAGAAGACGGCCAGGGUGAGCGGAGCGUGACGACGACGCCGACGCGCGCGGCCAUGGCCGUUUAGUAUAAAAUUAAGGAGGGGGUGGGGGAAGAAGAGGGAAGCGCGCGCCCGAGACGAAAGGAGAGGUGGCGAGCGACGACACGACGACAAAAAAAGCAGCGGCGGCGGCGGCGGCGGCGGCGGCGGGCAGGCAGGCAGGAAGGAGGAGAGGUUACGUGCGUCGCUGCCUGCCUCUCCGCUAAACCAGGCAAUAAUCAAUAGCCGGCCGGCGAGCCGCCGCGUCCUCCGCCGCAGACAAGGCGGAUUCUCGAUCGGAUCAACCACCGCGCGCAGCUCGCUCGCGAUCGGCGGCUGAUUCUCCUCCGCCCCGGCUCUUGCCGCCGGUCGCCGUCGCCGACCGAUCCAUGGUUGAGUCGGAGAGCGAGGCCGCCGCCGCCACGGCGCCGGUGCUCACGGCGCCGCUGUCCCUGGAAGGCGGCCUCGCGGCGGAGCUCCAGCCGGCGAACCUGCUGCAGCGGGUGCUCAGCCUGUUCCGCAACGUCCGCCCCGGCUCCGACCUCUCGCACUUCCAGCUGCCUGCGACGUUCAACCUGCCGAAAUCGCAGCUUCAGCUGUACGGCGAAGGAGUGUACUGCGUCGGAGAAGACUACCUGCGCCGGUGCGCCAGGGGGAGCGACGCCGUCGAGCGGUUCACGGCGGUGGUCGCCUGGAGCAUCUCGACGACGAGGCCCCCCAUCUUCGGCUUCGCGCCCUACAACCCGGUCCUCGGAGAGACGCACCAUGUCUCCAGUGGAUCACUCCAUGUCCUUCUCGAGCAGGUGUCUCAUCGUCCUCCAGUGUCUGCACUGCAUGCCACCGACGACACCGGUGACGUCGAGCUCGUCUGGUGCCAAAACCCAAUCCCAAAGUUUCAUGGCACGAGUGUAGAAGCAACAGUGAAAGGCAAGAGGCACGUCAGGCUUCUGAAAUUCAGCGAGAGCUACGAGAUCGACUGCCCGAACCUGCUCAUCAGGCUGCUGCCUGCUCCAUCCGUGGAGUGGUCUGGGACCGUCAGGAUCGUCUGCAAGGAGUCCGGGCUCGAGGCAGAGAUCUGCUACUUCAGAAGCAGCGCUUUCCUGGGACUCGGAGGCGAUCCGAGAUGUGUGAAGGGGAAGAUUUUCAGCUCAAGAUCAGGCGAGACUAUCUGCGAGAUCGAUGGACACUGGGAUAGGACAGUGUCGACCAAGGAUGAGCACACCGGGAAGACGUCGGUUUUGUAUGAUGCUGCAUCCGCCAUUGCCGACCUCAAGACGCCUGUGGUCAGAAACCAAGAGGGCUUGUCACCUUCAGAAUCUGCAGUGGUUUGGGGCGAGGUGAGCGAGGCGAUCCUGGAGAAAGACUGGGAGAGAUCUCGUCAGGCGAAGCGACGAGUGGAGGAGACGGCGAGGAGGCUUGACAGAGAGAGGAACGAGAAGGGAGAGGUCUGGAUCCCCAAGCAUUUCUCGUUGACUCAGGAUAAACAUGGCAGCUGGGAAUGCUGCCCCCUGGAGAAAUCCGUGCCUCCAGCUCCGAUCAUUGUACCCUCCUGACUGUGGAUUACACUGUAACAGAUCAUAUGAUGUGCUAUGAUAUAGAUCAUAAUUUUUUUGUUUGUCAAAUCAAGUUUGGAUCAUCAUUCUCUUAGAAGGGGAUACUAUGACCUUACCGUGCGUGGAGUGAUAUGGUCACUGACAUGUCGACACGUGGAACCUAUAGGUCAACAGACCUACAUGUCAGUGCCAACAUUCCUCUUUAACUUGACAUCAGACGGCCAUGUUACUAGUCUGUUAUCGUCUUAUGGCGACACAUGAGUAAUCAUAGUUCUACACAUUUUUUUCCA